AUGUUUGGUUUUAUUUUAGCUGCAAUUAAUGCUGACUUAAAUCGAAGAUUAGACGAGAAAAAUCAUCAAAGUGAUACCACAUCCGCAGUAACUGAUCCAAUAACAACACCAUCAACAAAUGAAGUAAACUCUACAACAACAACAACAACAACAACAACAACAGUAAGUCCACUUCAUACAACAGCAGAUGAAAAAACAACUGUGGCACAAGAAGAUUCUGGAGCUAAAACAAAUAAUCAUGGUCGCAAACAUCUUCAAACUGGACAUUUCACAGGAAAUGUAAAAAUUGAUUUGGCAAUUUCAUCGAGCAUUUAUGAGUUUGCAAUCCACACACACUUGCUGAAUAUUUCAUCUGUAAAGUUCACAUUACCUGGUUCAAAUGUUGAAGUUGAGAGCUACGAACAUCAUGCGAAAUUGGAGCAGCUGAAAAUUUAUCUUACAAACAGCGUUGGACCAACCAAUAAUUCCACUUUGGAAAUUGACUUUAGCGGUUCUUUGAAUGAUAAGAUUGUGGGAUUCUACAGAAGUGCAUAUAAAGAUAAUGAAGGAAAUGCCAGUGAAAGAGCUGAAGACGAUGAUGAGCAUCUACAUAAGUAA